ACGAGGCAGCCAGAGGCAUAACUAAUAAUCACAUGACUUCUAUUGAUUGACAAUGACACGAUAGCUGGCUGGCCACACCACAAUUAUGAAUAUCAGCAAGAAAUCCGCUAAGAAGACAUUCCAUGUUGAUGAGUCAGACUUGCUCUGUAAAAAUGGUUGUGGUUUCUAUGGUAAUCCAGCAUGGCAGGGAUUCUGUUCUAAAUGUUACAGAGAGGUUUACCAGGCAGCAAAGCAGGCCCAGGCCCAACAUGAUGAACAGAAAACUAGGCCAGAGACAGAGGAGACCUCUACUCCAUUGUUCUCCAAAUUUACAGAGAAAAAGUCACUUCAGUUCAACAAGAGAUCACAUACAGUCAAGUCGAUAUUCAGGAAGACAGCUACCAAAGAUUCACCUCUACAGGAGAGCACAGGUCCACGUAAAGAAAUCAAGCGAGUGAGCUUGGAAACGCAACAACUCGGGACUGAGUUUGCAGAUUAUCUCAAGUCCAUCCGUAAAAAUGUGGCAGUAGACGUAUCAAAGAACACAAAAGCCAUUGUGGAUAAACUCACCCAGAACACAGAUGCACCCGUGGAGGAACUGUCAGAGAUGGUUCAGGAUUUCUACCAAAAUAUGUCUGACAGGAUGAAUAUGCAUAGUACUUACAAAGGUCAGAGUCCCGAGAUGACGGAGAAGCUUCUUGACUACAUUGAGAAGUAUGUGAUGGUACGAGUCUACUCUAUGGUAUUUUGUCAGAGUAACGAGGACGAACAGAAAGAUCUGAAGAUUCAGGACAGAAUCCGAGGUUUACAUUGGGUGACAGCUCAGCAGCUGGACACGCCCAUUAAUGAUAAUGAAGAGGAGGUCCGACAGUUAGUGGACAGGGCGAUCACAGAAAUAAUUGAGAUGAACUCAAAGAAGUCACCUCCUGACAAGCUGGAUUGUGUCACUCGAUGUUGUAAGAACAUCUUUGAAAUCUUGCGCCAUUCAAAAACAGGCCCAGCUAAUGCAGAUGAUUUCCUCCCAGCCCUGAUAUUCAUUGUGUUGAAGGCGAACCCCCCAUUACUCCAGUCCAAUAUACAGUAUAUCACGAGGUUUGCCAAUCCAAGUAGGCUAAUGAGCGGAGAGGCAGGGUAUUAUUUCACUAACCUGUGUUGUGCUGUGUCUUUCAUCGAGAGUAUUAAUGCAGAGUCAUUAAAUCUGACACAACAAGAGUAUGAUAGAUAUAUGUCCGGGGAAGCCAUUCCUCCCCAAAAUGGACAGGACAAUACAUGUGAGGGUCUCCGUAUUAUGUGGGAGAACCUGCGAACGCUGUCAGAUCUCCGACAGCGACAAGAAAAGGUCAUGGCGGACACACUGCAACUCCAACAGGAAAUGAGGGAAUUUCAGGACAGCUUUAAACAGGAGGUUGAAAGUGUUCUUAAGAGAAAUCCAUGGACCAUUAAACCCCAGAAAAUGAAAAUUGACAUUGAUGCAGACACCGAAAAUAUCACAAAUCUUCCUACUCCUCUUCUUCCAGAGCCCUUGAUGCCAACAAAAGCUUCAGCGGUGGUAGGGCUGGGAACCAGUGGAGAGAGUCAAUCAGCAGACAUGGUGGCAGGGGACAACACUCCGACAGACUUACUCACUUAAUUACAAUCAUUCAGAUUUGUAAAUUUCUGUGAUGUAAGCAAAGCAAGAGAUUUUGUAAUGUGUGUGUGUGUGUGGUUAGAGAAGAUGAAUUUGUGAUUGAGAGCAUGUGUUUGAAAUUGAAAGAAACAUUAAGUUUUGUAACAUUAGUGUAUUAUAAAGCCUUAAGUGGACUAAAGGCAUGCAUUUAGAUCUGAGGAAUCAUACUCAAAACAUCACACUACAAAGACGGAUACUCAGUGAGAAAGCAACUCCAAAUGUUCAUCUCCCUUAAGUAGAUGUAGGAAAUUGCAAGGGUUAGUGCUUUAAAUUAUAUUAGUUUAUAAACUGUGUAUAUUUUUUGGAAGAAUUUUCUACUUAUUUAUUUUCAAUGAAGCAUACAAGAAGGUAGAAAUCAAGAACAAGUUUUGUUGGUAAGAGUGCAGUAGGAAUUUAGCCUGAUAUGUGUAUGUAUGUUCGAGUGUACAAUUCAGUGUCUGUUUUAUUGUUAUUUUUUAAAAGAAUAAAUUGACUAAAUUA